GGGCAGAAGCGGACACCUCGGGGCUGGGCUGGGGCGCUGCCGCCUCUCCCCGCCGCGGGUCCCGAUGGCAGCCGAGCCGCUGACUGAACUGGAGGCGGCCAUCGAGACAGUGGUCACCACCUUCUUCACCUUUGCAGGGCAGGAGGGCCGCAAGGGCAGCCUCAGCAUCAAUGAGUUUAAGGAAACUGGUCACUCAGCAGCUGCCUCACUGCUCAAGGAUGUGGACUCCUUAGAUGAGAAGAUGGAGAGCUUGGAUGUGAAUCAGGACUCCGAGCUCAAGUUCCAUGAGUACUGGAGACUGAUAGGGGAGCUGGCCAAGGAGAUCCGGAAGGAGAAGGCCCUGGAGAUCCGGAAGAAGUAAAGCCCCUGACCAGCAUAGGGCCAGGCUGGCCAGG